AGUAGAUAGCCUUGUUGGUCUUGCCAGUGAAAAGCGAAUAUCAUUACUAUUGAACACGCUAUCGUCGGCUGGAUGCUCAACGUCGACAACAGAGCUCUUACAAUCCUGGGUGAAAUUCAGCAACGCUAUGCGACCAGAAGCAAUGGAUAUUGUAAAACUAAUUAUUUAUGGAGACGACGUACGAAUCAAAAUCCGUUGCAGGAUUGUUAAAACUACAGUAGCUGUUAUUUUGAACGAUAAACGCCAAGAAGAAAUUGUUUUUGAAGUUGAUGAAAUCAACAAACGUACGAUGGCUCGAUUAAUAAUCUGGCUAUGUGGCAAUGAAGGUAGCAGCCACACGAAAGAACAGGCCACACUCAGGCGACUAAUUCAAGCCUGUAUAAGUUUACUGGAGAAACAAAAUAACAGGUGUUGGAAAGACACGAAAGUGUCUCUAUAUGGGCAAGAUGCUACGUCAUUCCAUGUUUUAGCGGGAAAAUCUCUUGACCCCAUCCAUAUUGUAGGAUUUGUUAAGUCGACAGGUGAAUUCCAGAUUGUUGAGAGGCAUAACAGUUUUUGUAUAAUUUUAUAAUUUAAACGUUUGUGAACAAUGGACUUUUUCGCUAAGCCUUGGAUAUUGUUGCAAGGUCCCACAAAGCGAC